AUUUCCUUCUGUCUUGAACCACUAUUUCAGUGAGGAAAAACACUGGCCAUGAUCACUUCCAUUUUCACUCACAUUCUUCUCUUUCUGGUUCACCUAUUUUCUCAUGAAAUUUUAUUCCUCCAAGCAAGUCAAUCUGAUCCCUAUUCAACCAACUUCACCACAACUUGUUGGGAGGUAGAGAGGAAUGCACUUCUCAAAUUUAAAGCAGGUCUUAAAGAUCCUUCAGGCCGUCUUUCUUCUUGGGUUGGGAAUGAUUGUUGUGCAUGGCAAGGUGUAAAUUGCAGCAAGCAAACCGGACAUGUCACAAUGCUUAAUCUCAGGAACCAACCUAGUGGUGAUUUGGCACCCUUGCAAGGUAAGCUAGAUCCUUCAUUGCUUGACUUGAAAUAUUUAAACUACUUGGAUCUAAGCUUGAACAAUUUCGAACACACUCCAAUUCCAAACUUUAUUGGUUCAUUCACCAAGUUGAGCUACCUUAUUCUCUCUAAUGCAUCUUUUGCUGGAUUGAUUCCUCCUCAUCUUGGGAAUUUGUCAAAUUUGUGCUACCUUGAUCUCUCGUGGAACAAUUUUCUUUGGGUUUCCCAUUUGAAUUGGAUCUCUGGACUCUCAUUGUUGAAAAACCUUUUUCUAAUUGGUGCAAAUCUCAAUUUAGCAGCAACCAAUUGGUUGCAAGCUGUAAACAUGCUUCCUCUCUUGGUGCAGUUGCAUAUUCCUUACUGCAAUCUCAAUGACCUCCCUCCUUCUCUUCGAGUCGUGAAUUUGAGUUCAAUUGAGGUCGUCAAUCUUCAAAGUAAUAAUUUCAAUUCACCAUUACCUAGUUGGCUAUUCAAUAUCAGUACCCUUGUUGAGCUUGAUUUGUCAUAUAGCGGAAUUAAGGACACUCUAGACAAUGUUGAUGCUUGGAAAAAUCUCUGCAACUUGAAAUUCUUAGCUUUGUCUGGCAAUGAUAUGUCUGGAGAAAUAGUCAAACUAGUGGAGGGGUUGUCAAAAUGCAGCAACAAUAGUUUGGAAGUGUUGGAUUUGAGUACCAAUGGGUUUGUUGGGCCAAUACCUCCAUCCUUGGAAAAUCUUAAGAACAUGAGGUAUCUCUCUCUUUCUUGGAAUUAUUUCUAUGGUCCUUUACCAGUUUCUAUUGGAAACCUAUCAUCCUUGAAGGUAUUACACCUUUCUUCCAACAAAUUGGGAGGAACAGUUCCUGAAACUGUUGGACAGUUGAAAGAGUUGUCUCUUUUAUAUCUUGGUAGUAAUAAUUGGGAAGGGGUUGUAUCUAGGAUUCAUUUUCUCCACCUAAAAAAUCUGAAAGAUUUUGCUUUAUCUUCUAAUCAUGUUGGAGAAAAGUCAUUGACAUUCCAUGUGGGACAUGAUUGGGUUCCUCCUUUCAGUCUAAAUUCCAUCAUAGUUGUUAACUGCCAAAUGGAUCUCAAAUUUCCUGCGUGGUUCCUAACUCAGAAGGAACUGGCCUACGUUAUCCUUUGGAAUAUCAACAUCGAAGAUUUUGUACCUGAAUGGUUUUGGAAACUAAGUCCACAGAUUGAACUUUUAGUUCUUUCCAAUACCAGAUUACGUGGAAAGCUUCCAAAAUCAUUAAAAUUUGCACCAGGCUCAAAGGUAGCAUUGAGCUUUAAUUUAUUUGAGGGACCGAUUCCGCAUUUUUCCGAUGUCACCUAUCUUUGUUUGAAGAAAAACUUACUCUCUGGACCCAUUCCAGAAAACUUUGGCCAGGAUAUGUUGUAUUUGCGUUAUAUGGAUCUUUCUGAGAACAACUUCAAUGGCAACAUUCCUUCUUCCAUAAGCAUGUUGAAGUAUUUAGAGAUAUUAGAUCUUUCUAAGAACAACUUCAGUGGUAACAUUCCAAGCUCAUUUUGCUCCCUACAGUCUCAGCUUUUAUGUUUGAACUUGAAUGACAACAAUCUUUAUGGAAAGCUUUCAUCCCUACGUAACUGCAGCAAAUUGUUGCAACUUAAUCUUGCAAAUAAUCAAUUCCAUGGAGGCGUUCCAAGAUGGAUUGGAGAAAGUCUACCGAUGUUGACAUUACUAGGGCUGGGAGGAAACAUGUUCAGGGGAAAGAUACCAAAAAAUUUGUGUUUCCUUUCUAAUCUCCAUGUUUUAGAUCUGAAGCAGAAUAGUUUAUCAGGUUUGAUUCCGUCAUGUCUAGGAAAUCUAAGCAACCUAGUGAAUGGUUCUUAUAAUCUGGGAUUCGAUUACAUGCACUACUUGAGUAUGGACCUUAUCAUUAAGGGACAGAGGCUUAAAAUUAUCAAUAAACCACUUGCUCUAGUGACCUUGAUAGACUUGUCAAGAAAUAAUCUUGAAGGAGAGCUCCCGAAGGAGAUAACACAACUUUACAAUUUGGUUUCUUUGAGUUUAUCUCAAAACAAUUUAACAGGAGAAAUUCCAGAGAAGAUUGGAGCCUUGAGGCUGUUAGAAACUCUUGACCUCUCAAACAACCGUCUUUCAGGUUCGAUUCCAGCAAGCAUGUCAUCUAUGACAUUCUUGAGCCAUUUGAACUUGUCUUAUAAUGAUCUUUCAGGAUCAAUUCCAUCAACAAACCAGUUCCAAACCUUCAAUGAUCCAUCCAUUUUUGAAGGAAACCCAAAACUUUGUGGGGCUCCAUUGCAGAUCAACUGUUCAAUACACAGAAGUGAUGCUCCGGAUGACAAAACUGACAAGGGCAGAAACGGCGAGAAUAUUUGGUUCUACAUAGGAGUGGUGUCUGGAUUUGUGGUGGGAUUUUGGGCUGUCUUGGGAACUUUGGUGAUCAAGAGGUCUUGGAGACAUGCUUACUUUCGGUUUGUGGAAGAAAUGACAGACAGGAUCUGCGUCUUCACUGUAGUGAAGGCUACUUGUUUGCAGAAGAUGCUGAAGGGUGAAAGAAGCUGAGACAAUAUAUGGCAAAGGUACAUAUAUAACUUUCACUUCUACUUACACAUAGUACUUGUAUAACCCAUUUUAAAUUAUAAGCUUUUGUUUGUUCUUUCAGACAAUAAAUUGAGGUCUUCGAGGUUUAUCAAUUAUACUCCAAAAAGCAAUUUGGACUGCUGCAAACUAUACUGUCUUCCUUGAAGGCUUUGGAUUAUGAAGACAGAUGACUAGUUUGGUGGAUGUUUACUUUGUGAUGCCAAUAAUAAUAGGCUAACAUCAGCCUUCAUAUUUUUGUUGUUUUUGUUGUUUUUUUUGUCACGGAAUGUCUAUGUUUUCCAUCCGCUGUUAUCUGGUUUGGAGUAUCGAUGAAAAAUGUCUUGUUUAUGUUAUUUUGAACUAUUGAAUUUGAUGUUUUGUGUGAUUCUUAUGCAACCUAAGUUUAUUCAAUUUCUUAAAAAGCAAGACAUAAAAACGGUUUUUUUUUUUAAUGAAAAAGCAUUGCUAUG